AUGUCCCGCAAACACGGCACCUCGACACCCGGCUCCGGCCAGAACCAACACGACCCCCAACCCCUGCUCCUCCACUACCAGUCCCCCGCCUCUGAAUGGUCCGAGGCCCUGCCAAUCGGCAACGGGCGGCUGGGCGCCAUGGUCCAUGGGCGAACACACACCGAGCUGCUCCAGCUCAACGAGGACUCGGUCUGGUACGGCGGCCCGCAGGACAGGACCCCGAGAGACGCGCUCCGUCACCUGCCGCGGCUCCGGCGGCUGGUCCGAGACGAGAGGCACGCCGAGGCCGAGGCGCUGGUGCGCGAGGCCUUCUUCGCGACGCCGGCGAGCAUGAGGCACUACGAGCCGCUCGGCAACUGCACCGUUGAGUUCGGCCAUGCUGUCGAGGACAUGACGGAGUAUCGGAGGUGUCUGUGUCUCGAGACGGCGCAGACUAGUGUUGAGUAUCGACAUCGAGGGGUCUCGUAUCGUCGGGAUGCCGUCGCCAGUUUCCCGGACAACGUGCUGGCGGUGAGAUUUUCUUCUUCGAAGCCGACUCGGUUCGUCGUGCGAUUAAACCGCGUUAGCGAGAUUGAGUGGGAGACGAACGAGUUUCUCGACAGUAUCCAUGCAGAAGAUGGACGAAUCGUGUUGAACGCGACGCCGGGCGGCCGGAAUAGUAACAGCUUGUCCAUCGCCCUGGCAGUUUCCUGCGACGACGCGGCGGACUCCGUGGAAGUGAUCGGCAACGCAUUAAUCGUCACUUCAUCCGCGUGCACCAUCGCCAUCGGCGCCCAAACAACCUACCGAACCCAGGACCCCGAGGCAGCAGCCGUAGACAACGUUCUCAAAGCGUUACAGCACCCCUGGGCCACCCUCGUUCAACGUCAUCGAGAAGAUUACCAGAACCUCUUCAACCGGACGAGCCUACGAAUGUCCCCCGACGCCAGCCACGUACCAACAGACCAGAGAAUCAAAGAAGGCCGAGAUCCGGGACUUGUCGCGUUGUACCAUAACUACGGCAGAUACCUCCUCAUAUCAUGCAGCCGCGAUUCCGAAAAAGCCCUGCCGGCAACCCUGCAAGGUAUUUGGAACCCGUCGUUCGCGCCGCCGUGGGGGUCCAAGUACACCAUCAACAUCAACCUGCAGAUGAACUACUGGCCGGCGGGACCAUGCAAUCUGGUCGACUGCGCCAUGCCGGUUCUCGAUCUGUUGGAGAGGAUGGCUGUCCGUGGGGAGAAGACUGCUUCGGUCAUGUAUGGCUGCAAGGGCUGGUGCGCGCAUCAUAACACGGAUAUCUGGGCGGACACGGACCCUCAAGACCGGUGGAUGCCCUCUACAAUCUGGCCACUCGGUGGUGUUUGGCUGUGUAUCGACGUAUUUGAAAUGUUGCAGUACCAGUACGAUGAGGAUCUUCAUACACGAGCGGCGGCCGUUUUGGAAGGGAGUAUUAUCUUCCUGCUUGACUUCCUGAUACCAUCGGCUUCCGGGAAGUAUCUGGUCACAAACCCUUCGCUCUCCCCCGAGAACACGUUCUUGUCAGAGUCAGGAGAAGCAGGUAUCCUCUGCGAAGGCUCUGCCAUAGACAUGACCAUCAUCCGGAUCGCUUUCAGGAAAUUCUUAUGGAGCACUGAUACGCUGGACAGAGAUCAUCCCCUCAGAAGCAAAGUCGAAGAGACUCUAAAAAGGCUUCCUCCACUAUCAAUAAACUCAGACGGACUGAUCCAAGAAUGGGGCCUGAAAGACUACGAAGAGCAAGAACCCGGCCACCGGCACGUAUCCCAUUUAUUCGGCCUCUACCCAGGCGACUUCAUAAGCCCGUCCAGAUCACCCGAGCUCGCAGCGGCAGCCAAGCGCGUCCUCGAACGCAGGGCAGCCCACGGCGGCGGCCACACGGGCUGGAGCCGAGCAUGGCUGCUGAACCUCCACGCAAGACUGCUCGACGCCGAAGGCUGCGGCCAGCACAUGGACCUCCUGCUCAAGGGCUCGACGCUGUCGAACAUGCUCGACAGCCACCCGCCCUUCCAGAUCGACGGCAACUUUGGGGGAUGCGCCGGGAUUUUGGAGUGUCUGGUGCAGUCGACCAUCGUUUCGAAGGACGUGGUGGAGAUCAGGCUGCUGCCGUCGUGUCCGAAAGAAUGGUCCCAAGGCGAGCUUUCCGGGGUUCGUACGAAAGGCGGCUGGCUCGUGUCGUUGGGAUGGCGAGAUGGAGGUGUCAUCCAGUCAGCCUCUGUGGAGAGUCCCGAGUCCGAGGAUUCCGAGGCUCACGUUGUUCUUCCAGGAGGCUCCUGUAUUGUCAUUCGUCCCGACGCUGCAUGUUCGAAACAUGAUCUUGUUUAG